UUUUUGGCGUUUGCAUCACUGCGGGUCAAAACAGCUGUUCGUUCCGUUUCAGAAACUUUCGGCGAGCGCUACUACUUUUAGGUUCUACCGCACGCAUUCUUAGCAGCCAUUCGGCAUUACCGCAGUGUCGGCAUGGACGGCACGUGAUUGGCCGGACGUGCAGUCUAAUCACAGAACACCAUGCCGGCCACGAACCUGUGGGCGGUGGACAGCACGGGGCGGGUGCACACGCUGUCCACUGCCGGAUCCCGGUGGCAGGAGCUGCCCUACUCCGGUGUCGACCUGAAGCGGGUGUCGGCGCUUCCCAACUGCGCCUGGGGCAUCGGCAGUGACCACCAGGUGUACAUGUACCUGCCUCAGAGCGAUGUGCCCAUCAGGGUCGCCGAGGUGACCUAUGAGAACCAGCGCUGGAACCCUAAAGACGGCUUCUGUGCCCGUCUCCUGCCAACCGAUCGGCCUUCUUGGAGCAGCAGGGACGGUCUCGUGGCCCGUUACAGGGAGAACAUCCACCUGCCGUCGUUAGGAUGGCAGUGGGAGGGACGCUGGUACCUCGACGACAACAUGGACGGCCAGCUGCUCGGAACUGAGGGCUGGACAUAUUCUGUGGACUUCCCGUUCACCUACACCCACGACAAGCACUGGAACUCGAUGGUCCGGCGACGCAAGUGGAUUCGAUAUCGCCGCUACGUCGCCACCGACCGCUGGGCUGAGAUCGAGGGGAUCCAUUCGGACCCCGUCCAAGAACCGGUUGUGGACGUUUCCAUCGGUGGCGUGGAAAUUCCGGGUGGCGACUCGGACCACAUUGCCGUGUGGGUUGUCACGGUGCUUGGCAGGGUGUUCUUCCGUGAAAAUGUCACGCGACUUUGUCCCGAGGGCACGUCCUGGACUCCCGUGCCGGUUCCCCAAAACUCUGAGGUCAGCCAGGUCUCGGUUGGCCGCACUGGCCUGACUUGGGCAGUGGCCUGGAACGGAAACGCACUUGUUCGUCUCGGCGUGUCCCGCUACAGCUACAUUGGAACCGAAUGGACGGAAGUGGCUGCGCCUGAUACCGAAGAGAAGUUGUUGCAAGUGGCCGUGGGACAGAACAUGGUCUGGGCUGUCGGAAGAAACGGAACGGUCUGGUUUCGCAAGGGCAUACGGUGUGACGACCUCGGCUGUCGGGCGUCCGUCACGGGAUCGGGCUGGGUCAAGAUGAUUGGCACGAUGGCCAUGAUCAGUGUAGGCCCCAAUGACCAGGUUUGGGGCAUCACACGCAACGACCGCCAGCUCUGCCUGCGGACGGGCGUCACACUCGAGGAGGCCAGCGGUCGGGAGUGGAAGGAGAUCGUGGCGCCCUUCAACAAUGCUCCGAGCCGGACGGCCAGCGUGAGCUCGCUGACGUCCCUGGGCAGCCUCCGGCUGGCCACGCCUUCGUAUGCGGCGGUGGCGGCGGAGCGCGGCGACGAUCCGCCCCUGACGCCAGAGCGCAAGAAGAUGUCUCGCCACAGCUCGCACUCGGGGUCGCCGUGCAGCGACACCGUUUCAACGAGACAUCAGGAAUCGACAGGCUUGUCUCCGAUGCACAACCAUGCGGUCUCGGCAUUCGGCGAGCUCUCGUCUUGCAUGACUUCAACUUAUCCUGACGACUGGCCCACCCCGGCAGUCCACGAUGUCGUCGGCUCCAUCACGUGGUCUUGGGUCAGCGGCACCGCCUGCACCAUUGACUUCCCCGGUGCCCUCCUCAACUGGUUCAGUCUUUCAGGUUCAACGGUUGACAGCACGGCCCGACACCUAGAAAAUGCGCAGUGGCGGAAACUGGUGUUGCGGCGCCUCCGAGACCGUCGGAAAAAAGAGACUGAGAACUACGACUAUGAUUCUGCAAUUGAAAAGUCUACGUGGGUGAAGUCUGCAACGGGACAGCUGUGGCGUGACACCCACCCAUGCCAGUGGGUGCGCUGUCAGCUUGAGUUGGAACGGCUUGGCGCAGAAGGGGAGGCGUGCGACCUGGCCAUCUUGAGGCUGCUCUAUCACCAUGCCGGCUCUGACCGGAGGAUGGCGUUGAACCUGGCCGAAGUGACGUCCGCCUGCGACCUGUCGGACCCGAAGCAUCGUCUCCUGGGGAUCUACACACAGACGUUGAACGAGAAGCACUCCCACAUCAAGCUGGCGUUCGGCACCGACAAUGAACUCGAAGACUGGAUAGCAACGCUGAACCUGGUGGCGUUUGGGAUGCGAGGCAUGACGGACAACGCUGCUCAACCCGGAGCUGCCUGGGGAGUCACGGAACGGGGUCACGUGUUUGUCCACGAAGACGGCGAGCCCAAGACGCCCAUCGAUGACUCAUUGGCGUCACUUGGGUGGGGCCACUUCCAGACGAUCGAGUCGUGUCCGGCAGGUGUCACGUGGGCUCUGGGCAACGACAAAACGGCUUGGGCCUACACGGGUGGCUACGGAGGCGGUGUGUUUAAAGGUGUGACGGGCCACAACGUGCGGGUGGGGCCCAUGUCAGACACGAAGUGCGUGUACAUCUACGAGAACCAGCGCUGGAACCCCAUCUCGGGGUUUGCACCCCGGGGCCUGCUCACCGACCGCUACAUGUGGAGCGAUGCCUCGGGUCUGAUCGAGUGCACCAAGGAGGGCACCAAGCUCGACUCGGUCCACUGGCACUGGGUGAGCGACUGGCAGGUGGACUACCACACCCCGGGAGGCGUGGACAAGAACGGUUGGCAGUACGCGCCAGACUUCCCCUUCUCGUACCACGGCUCCAAGGGCAUCACAGACUACGUGCGCCGGCGACGGUGGUUCAGACUUUGCCGGCUGAACACGACCGGUCCGUGGGUUGAGGUGGAGCCGAUGCCCCUUCGUGACGUCUCGCUUUCGCUCGACUCCCGGCCGGGUCACGUGGGCGAAGGGGGCGUGGCCCUGUGGGCAGUAUCUUCAACAGGAGAGGCCGUCUACCGACAGGGUGUGACACCCGACUGCCCGCAGGGCAAGGCAUGGAUGCACGUGGCUGCGGAACAGCAAUUUGAGUCCAUCAGCGUCGGUGCCCGCCACAGGGUGUGGGCGAUUGGUCAAGACGGCUGGGCCUACAUGCGCAAUGGCAUAACGGACGAGCGGCCAACAGGCAGUAUUUGGUUCCACAUUGAGCCUCCUUCGAGUAGCACGAUGCUGACAAAGAUUUCGGCUGGGAAUGCUACCGUGUGCGCCAUCGAUGCUACGGGCAAACUCUGGCGUCGUGCCGAGGUCCUGGACCAUUUCCCGGAAGGCACCGCGUGGACCUUGAUGUCGGAAAACGUCCACGCUGUCUCCGUGGGCCCAGACGACCAAGUGUGGGCUGUGAUAGAUGUAAUACGAAACAAGAGAGUCCUUCUCAGCCGAGUUCUAGCAAGGCGGAAAGGCAUCACAGAAGAAAACCCUAUAGGAACGGAAUGGGAGACAGGAUAUGGGAUGAGUUGGCAGCACGUAUCCAUUCGUGGCUGCACGAGGUGUCAGUCUUGAAGGCCCAAGUCUGGAAUGGCAAAGCAUCCUGAAGGUUAUUCACACAAAGCACCUCCGCAGUUAUCAGUCAGAUGGUGCAACGCUUAAAACCAAAGUUGAUUGUUGUCAGGACUUGCAUCUUCUGCGAAGUCAUUUACUGUGGACCGUGAGAACUUUUCUCCCCUAAUGUUAUACAUGUGAGAAUCUACGCAUAAGAGGUUCUCAUUGCUCAUCGUGCGCUCAUGCCUUGUUACUUUGGUCUUGUUCCUUGGAAGUCACUGUUUGUCCGGAGCUUGACGUUUUUCCCAAUGACUCUUUGCCCAUGGUGUCAUGUGGAGAAGAAGUCAUAGCUGGGAUGAUCUCAUCAUUCAUCAUGUACACGUGCAUUGUUAUGCUGGUCAUUUUCUCGACACAUCAUUGCACGAUCAAAUGUUGAUGUCUUUCCCCCAUUUGUGAUUUUUAGUGUGUUCGAUUGACCACACUUUGAAGUCCAAUCGAAUAUGUUCAUUUCACGUGUGCUUCGAGUAUUGAAUAAAAUGCCAAAUACCUUGCCGUUUAUAAAUGAAAAACAGGUUGGGGAAGGUGGCAAAAAAUGACUGUUAUUGGGUUUGCUGGAACUUGCGAUGUUGGUUUUGGAAACAACCUUGAUUUAGAACAAUUUAGGAUGGCUUUAAUUGGGAAGCCAAAAAGAGAGAGUUCACUGGUUCCUGCUUGGCCUAAAAUGGGUACUUGAAGCAACUUGUGUUCCAUAAGUUCCAGACUCCAAUAUGCAUAUCAACCUUGCAAGUUCUGUCAUAAUCGAAUAUCAAAAUGAAAUUCAGUGUGAAAUUUCUACAAAUCUAUUUGUGUCUUAGCGUAGCGGCUUGGUCAUGUUGGUCAAACAUUGGACGGAACACAGCUCAAUAGAAGACGGGGACUAAGAAGGGCAACACACACACACAGCCCUGACUUGCAACACUUUAUUCAUAGGACGGGAAGGAUGAACUGUAUACAUAUUCCAUUGACAUGUCCCACAACCAACAAAAAUUACAGAAUAAUUGGCAUGUUUAUGUUGGGUUUCAUGGCGCAAAAGCGACUAAAGCUAUGCUGCAUUAAUUGGCAUGUGAAAUCAUUGAGGAAGACUUCAUCAGUAAGUUCAGAAGCACAUAAUUCAGAACUCCUUUGACAGCACUUUCACCUCGUGAAAUAUCAAAUCUUAACAGGCUUCGAACGGCACACUAUUAUAGGCAGUGUUGCUUGUACUAUCUACAACAUCACGUAAAAGUGAUUCUGUAAUUUUUUGCUGGUUGUGGCAUAUGUAUAUACAGACUAUUUAAACGCUUAAAGGCUAUUUAAGUGCUGUAGACUAUUUAAACGCUUAGCUUCCGCCUUUCGCUCUCAUUGUGAACAAGGCUCCCGUUCUGGGUGCCGAAACGUCAUUGCAUUUUUAUUCUCUUAUGGUCGGAGUCUUCGUCUUUUUAUUCAAUGUAUAUACAGUGCAUCCUUCCCGUCCUCUGAAUAAAGUGUUGCAAGUCAGCGCUGUGUGUGUUGCCUUUCUCUGUCCCCAUCUUAUAUUGCACUGUGUGCCUUCCAACUAUUUGUUUCAUGCUUGAAAUUUCAGUUUCUCGCACACCCUCGGUGAUUUUCACUUUUUACGUGAUAUUGUGGUGGCCAAUUUUAUUUCAUGUCGUCAUGGUGUACAGCUGUUCGGCAUAAAGCUAUCACGAUUUUGCCACACAUGCUGCUCAUCGUCCUGCAUGUCUUUAUGCGAGAAUGGUUGUAGAUACAUUGAAGUUAUGUUUGUGUUUGUUCAGGUUGUUGGAAAGUUAUGAAGAGCAAAGGCAAUGUCUGCGCGUGCUGUAUUUCUUUUCUGUUCAUCAGUACAGUCUGUUGAUGUUAUGCGUACUUACCUGACAGCAUAGUUGUGAGGUUGGUUGACACCAUAACCUGUAAGGCCUGCUACAGUGAAGUUUCAGAGCCCAUGAAAAGCAUAGUUUUAGAAAAGCAGUCUCUGUGGGAAGUCUUACGCCUGAAAUGCGAGCGGAUGCGCUGCGAAAAUGUCUCAAAUGUAGGCGUUCUUCACGCUGAAACAGGUAAAAAAAAAGAUGCCGCCGUUACAGGUCACCGAAAAUGACGCAUAUCUCAGUAUAAAACCUCCCAGAUAGCGAGCCGCGGACCUCGGAAAUCCUAACUCAUCACACUGAAUCCAAGCUUGUGAAGCGCCCGCGGCAUUCGUCAGCCACGAUUUUAAGCUUUGCGUCAUAUCCGCUUACCGCCAUCUUUGUGUACGUCAUUUCUGUGGUGAUAUUUAACCUUUUUAAUAAGAAAAGGAAAUAAUUACCGGCACUGCAGCCUUAAGAAGGUUGCUUUGAUUAUAGUAUAUACCUGCUGAUUUGUAUUUAGGUUCGACAAAGUGAAAUUUGUUGCUCUAGCCUGACGUCGCCGUCUAAUAUACUUAUAUACUUAUGUAUAUUAGUAUUUUGAGCAGGCAGCUCCUGUACGUUACAAUAGUUGGAUAGAAAAGAUUACUGAUCACCUGCACGACUAGCACGUUGCAGACCUUAAGAUCAGUAAAAAAAUACACCUAGCCC